UGCCCGAGGGGCGGGGCGUGUCUGCCCAUCUCAUCUGUGUUACCAGCGGAGGUCGAAAAAUGGCUGCUCAGCGUUUUAUGCAGCCAGCCAGGUUCGUUGCGGCCACCUCGGGCAACUGAAUUCGAAGUACUGUCAGCCUUCCUUGGGCGGUCUUCGAAUUCAAACCUACAUAAAGCAGCCCGCCGUUCGAGGUUGACUUUCUUCAGGUUGUCCUUCUCCAACCAUCUCCCCUCUCCUCUUUUCCCGCUCGUCCUCUACGUCUUUGCUGCUUCCCCACCCUAAUCCUCUCUACAUCACUCAACAUGUUGCGUUCAAGCUUGCUCGCUGCUCUCGUUGGUUGCGCGUUCGUUCUCGCCGCGCCGACGGUCAACACAGAUGCCAAUGAGGUCGUCGACGACGUUGCCAUUCUCAACUUCGCGCUCACCCUCGAGCACCUCGAGAACGCCUUCUACACUCAGUGUUUGGCCACAUUUGAUGCAAAGGAUUUCGCCAAAGCUGGGUAUCCAGAUUGGGUUCGCGGCCGUUUCGAGCAGAUCGCGAUGCACGAGGCUACUCAUGUCCGCUUCCUCGAAGGGGCUCUCGGCGACAAAGCCACCAAGCCAUGCGAGUACAAGUUCCCCUGCGACGACCCUCGUUCGUUCUCCGCGAUCUCCAUGGCGCUGGAAACUGUCGGAACUUCGGCCUACCUUGGUGCAGCACCUUUGAUCGAGAACAAGAGUUACCUCGCUGACGCCGGCUCUAUUCUUGCCACCGAGGCUCGUCAGGCUGCGUGGGUCAGUUCUGCAGUGCUUAAGGGCUCUGCUUGGGAUGGUCCCUUCGAGACUCCGCUCGGAGCAACUCUUGUGUUCUCUCUCGCUAGCCAAUUCAUCGUGUCUUGCCCCGCCUCGAACCCACCACUCCCGGUGUCUAUCAAACCCACACUCUCUGUCAGCGUCAUAGAUACAUCUGCGCGAUCGGCCAAACUCACCUUUGACCGCUCUGCUGACAACAAGCAACCCCUCUGUCUUGCCUAUUUCACCGGUCUUGAUGUGAAGUUCACAGACAUCAAACAAAAGGGUGAUGAGUAUACUACGACUGUUCCUGCAAACUUGCAAGGGACCGUCUAUGUUGCUGUUGUCGACUGUACGAACACGAAACCUACGGACAUGAACACUCUGACGGGUGCGACGAUGCUGGAGUUUCCGUUCUCGAGUUCGGCGAAGAAUGUUGCAUGAAAUAGGGCAUAGGAUGUAGAGUGGUCUCGCGACUUCUUCCCUUAGGAAUGGUUCGAAAUACAUUGGAUACAAUAGGACUAUCAGUGCAUAUUGUAGCAGACGUUUCCUGGACACUUUUCUUUCCUUAUCAUACCCCGUAACGCUUUAUUGUACCGUCUUCACAGUAUUAUACAUCCCACGUUCUUUACCCCUC